UAAUGUUUAUGGAAACUAGAUCUUGAUAACCACCCAAUAUAGAAGUGAAUUUGAAGAAGACAAGAUGAACAAGAAAUAGAGAACCUGUUGUCAAGCGUUGUCCAUCCUUAUCAGGGACACCCUGUAGAAUUGCCUGAGGCUUAAAGACUGCGUGAAAUGGUAGAACGUAACGAACAAAGGUUCUAGAAACGACGAUAGAUCCGAUACGCCCCGACGAGCCGCCACUGAACCACCCGCAGACAAACAUGUUUACAUCACAACAUUAAAAACUGUGAUAUGAAAAUUAGCCUAAGAACAAGUACACGCUAUAAAAUAUCGACCAGUGGAAGACCCAGUCAGUCGUGCAUCGGCAGCGGUGAGGAUUUCGUACGGGUGCUGUUCGAAAUGUUCUUCAGGGCCUUGAUGAUAAUCAGCGGGGUGCUGACGGUCACCCAAGCCAAACACAUUAAGGGCAUCCAGAUAAAGAACCGCGGUAUGGAGAAGCUGUGGGUCGAAAUGACGGACGAGGAUGGUUUUUAUUUACCCUCGGGACAACUGGCUUCCAUCGUGGUGGAGGACAAGUGGACCGGAAGAAUCCGCGCCCACCCGGAAGAAUGCGGAAAGAAGACCUGCAACUUGCCCUACACCGAAGCUGUGUUGAGAUUUGAAGGAGAAGGUAACGAAGAUCGCUACUACGUAUCGGUAAUAGAGGGAUUCAACAGACCUAUCAAGAUUCAACCGACGUCUCACGAACGCGCCUGCAAGCCGGCCCUCUGUCACGCCAACAUCAACCAUCACUGCCCGCGCACCCACCAAUCCACGAAUUCCCAGGGCGCCGUCGUCGCCUGCAAGACGAUACCCGAGCUGUUUCAGAGGCUGUGCCCCCAGGCCAUCACCGCCGAGGCCGACAUCCCCCUGAACAUGCUGGGUUGUAGGUCGAACACGUACCUCAUCCUCAUCGGAUAACUAAGGAACGUUUACCUUCUUUUUUUUUUUAGACGUAGUUGGUCGAAAAGUAUUACAUCGGAGACAUAAUCUUAGUUACAGUUAAGGUGUAGAAAACGGCGAAUUCAAGAGUCAAUUUUUGCCCUACAAUUGAAAAGUAGUAGUAAGAAAAGUGAAACGCAACAAAUUUGCAUUUUUUUGAAGCCUGGCAAUCAAUUUUGUAACCGCCGAAAAGCCGGAAUUAAACUCCAAAGGCGUAUGAACGUAAUGGCAAUGAUUUAAAUGCAAAUUACAUCGAACUGGCAGAAGAAACAGCAAUUUCCAACGGCAACAUACGCAUCAAGAUAAAAGUCUUGGAAAAGAUUAUAAAUAACAUUCAUUUCGUUUACCUCUCCCAUAAAUCUCGUAUCAAAUAUUUAACUGCAACGCAUUUUAGCCCUGACGUCAAGAAAACCGUUCAUAUACAGGGUCGGAAAGUCUCCAUGGUUCAUCGGCCUUUACGUAAGAAUGAUAAAGUA